AUGAUACGCGCCUCGCCGAUUAAAGGGUUUAACAUCCCGAACUCGACCACGACCUUGAAGGCAACUCUCUUCGCGGACGACACCACGGUGUACUUGGCCGAGGCGGACGACUUCAACAUCCUCCAGCGUGUCCUUGACGUGUGGUGCUCCGCGGCGAAGGCGAAAUUCAACAUAGGAAAGACCGAGAUCAUCCCCAUAGGAUCAGAGGAGUACCGCUGCAGGAUGGCUGCCACGUACGCCCAAACCGGAGCAUGGCAGAACUACCCGAGAGGUGUUCAUGUUGCUGCGGAUGGAGAAGCGGUCCGGAUCCUGGGCGCCUUCCUGGGGAAUAAGGUCGAGCAAUGUGAAGUUUGGACCCCAAAACUAGAGAAAGUCAGCAACGCCCUCCGCAAAUGGAGAACGGGACACAUGACGCUCGUGGGGAAACGCCUGGCGGUGCAGAUGGUGGUUGGGGGUAUGACCCAGUUCAUGACCGAUGUCCAACGGAUGCCCGAACAAGUUGUAAAGCGCCUGACAAAGAUGAUUAGGGACUUCGUAUGGGAUGACAGACCCCCGUAG